AUGAGCAGUAUAUUUUCGUUGGGCUCUAAACGAGAAAAUGUAUUUGAUUCCUGCUUUUUCUCUGAAGAGCCGACAGUGAAACCGUCGUUGAGUGAUAUGCCAUGUGACACAGCGAUGCUUCAGUGGUGGUAUUUUAAUGCACACUUGCGUGAUCUCAAUAAGGAGAAGGAUUUUUCUUUUUUUGCCUCAUAUUUCCGUCAAAAGGACCAGCGUGGUUCUAAAGAAAACGUCAUUUUUGUGGAUUCAUGUGUAUGGGCGUUAAUAGAUGUUGGAGAAGAGAAGUAUUACUCAGACAGUUUACUCGAUUACAAAGCACAUGAAAUUAUUAUCGAUAGGCUUGAAACUGCUGCAAAGGGGGAAAAUGACGGUGCUUAUGCGAGAAAUGUUGUACUUGAAAUGGCGAAAAGGGGGCGACUUCCAUUGCCUGACAGGGCAAUGAGCAAAGCUGCGGUUUACAGUGAAGACAGGUUUCACAUAAAUUACGAUGAUCAGUGUAUGCUUGAGGGUGAAGGGGAUGGCGCUGAGCGGAGAUAUAAAUUAUAUCUUAAUAACCCAAGGUGCAAUAUUACUGUCGAAUUGGAGUUCGCUGCAAUAACAGAUCCAGUUCUUCAUGGAGAAAGUGGCAUUGUAAACGAAAUGUUUUAUUACUAUUAUCCAUCAAUGAGUGUGGAGGGAAGGAUAUCGGUGGAUGAUUCUGUUACCCAUGUAAAAGGUGAUGGUUGGUACGAUCGAGAGUACGGGGGAUCAGAAAACGAAAUAGGUAGGGAUGCUCUUGAUGCUUGGAGUUGGUUUUCUUUGCAUCUUUCUGAUGGUUCUCAAUUAAGUAUUUUCGAUAUUGUUGAUUCACAAACGAAACAGCAAAAAGAACGAGUUGCUGUGCUUACUUUUGAUGGAACAAAGAAAGUUUGCCGUGAUGUUACACUUGAGGAAGAAGAUUGGUGGACAAGCCUGGUAACGUUUGUUGAAUAUCCUUUAAAGUUUCAUAUCGAGAUUCUAUCCUUUCAAUUAACUAUUGAUAUACAUACUUCAUUUAAUCAUCAAGAGGUUCCAACAAUUUUGGUAUCAGGUGGUUUUUAUGAAGGACGUGUAACCGGUGAGGGAUAUCGUAAGGGAACUCCAGUGAGUGUAAUUGGUUUUUAUGAGCGGAAAAAUUUGGGUACUGGCGGUGACGCUUCAGUUACUCUAAAGCAUAUGGGAGAAUACGUGAGGAAAACGUUGUCUAUUUUUUAUCCUUUACAUGCUUCUAAUGAAUGGGUUAAUAAAAAUGUACUGGGACGUUAUUGCACGGGUAAAGGAGUUGUCGCCCAACACGUUUGCGAUUCAUUAUUUCUUCCUGUUCGUUCAAUUAUUGAUCGAGGUGGAAAGGCUUGGCGCAGCCUGGUUCUUGUUUCGGCCUGUAAUGCACUUUCAAGUGAUUACUUUGAUUGUACAAAGUAUAUUGCUAUUACGGAGCUUUUACAUGUGGGUUCUCUUAUUAUUGAUGAUAUUCAGGAUAAUUCUUAUAUCAGGCGUGGAGGGAAGUCCGCUCAUCUGGAGUAUGGCGUUCCAACAGCCAUUAAUGCUGGAACGGCCUGCUAUUUUAUGGGCAUAUCUUUCGCAGAAAUUCAAUCGCUUCCGAUGGAGAAGGCCAACAAAGUGUACGAAAUAUAUUUUGAUGUGAUGAAAGCAGGCCAUGCAGGUCAGGGAAUGGAUAUUUACGGUCUACACUAUUUAAUGCCUGAGGCUGUUCGUACCGGUAAAUCGGAAGCGCUUGAAGAUGCUCUUAAAGCCAUCCACACUUAUAAGACAGGGGCCGUCGCAGCUGCCACGUGUCGAGUUGCUUGUAUUUUAUGUGAUGCAAAUGAAGAAGUCACAGCGGCAAUGGAAGCAUUUGGGCUGGGACUCGGUUUGGCAUUUCAAAUUGUUGAUGAUGCACUUAAUGUUAAAGGAUUUGAAGGAGACCUUAAGGAGGCAGGAGAAGAUAUUCGUGAUGGCAAGAUUACAUAUCCAGUGGCAAAAGCAAUGGGAAGACUGGAACUUCCCCAACGAGAACGCGUUUGGAGUAUAUUACAGGAACAUACAUCGGACUCCGACAAGAUUGGUGAGGUUGUGAAAUUGCUCUAUUCGGUGAAUGCUAUUCAAGAUUGUCUGGUAGAUGCCCAAAAGCUUGUCGAUGAAAAAUGGAGUGUUCUUGAUCCGCUUAUUCCUGAUUCCAUGCCAAAAGUGAUGAUGCGAACGUUCUGCUUGUUUCUCACGAAGCGAGGGUUUUAG